UAAUGAGCCUCUCUAUGGUCUGAUUGGUGACUUUUACUUUUUAAAUGGUGCUCCAGGAUUUGGGAGGUUUGUGGCUUACUUUAGCAUUGCUAGGACUGGCUGGUUUUCUUGAGGCCUGAAAUGGAUGGUGAAGCAAAAUCCCCAUGCUGUGAGGCCUCAACGGGCAAACGACCUGUGCAAACAAAAGAAUCUGGAUACCUGAAAUCAGUCUUCUUAAAAGUUACGCAGAUCUGGCCUCUUAAAUAUGUGUUCAAGAUAUUAAAGAAGAUUCUGUCCCUAGCUGGACUCUCCCCAAAAAUCGAGAAUGUAGGAACUGCGGAGUCUAAAUCUCCCUAUGGCAGACGUUUUGUGAGCGGAAGGAAAAGGCUUGGCCGCUUUGCUCGUCUUCUACUUUCGCUUGCCCCUCAAAGAUUACAGUGUGCUCUGGGCUACCACUCGGCAGACAGUAUAGGGCAGUCUGUAGGGACAGAUGACAUUAGGAAGUCUCCUCUGAAGCCAUGUGGAAAGGGCAGCAAAAGGAAGCAAGAUGAUCUUGAAGUAGAAGAGCAACAAAGCUGGGUGGCUUUAAUGAAUGAGGAUCUUCCAGAUGAGGAUGAUGAAGAUGAUCCAACUUAUGAACCUAGUAAUACAGAGACCGAUAGUGAAGAACACCAUUCCAAAAAUGAAACAGAAAGUGAUCUUGAAAUUGAGGAAAAAGAGGGUGUUGUGAUGCUCAAGGAAUCUCCAGCAAAGAAACCGGAGGCCAUGGUCAAUGGCGACCCAUCAAAUAAGGAGGAAAAGCCAGUCAUUGAAAAUCAGAAGAUAGAUGAUGAACACCAGAACCAUAUCACUAACUCUUCUGCAGAAUAAAACAUGGCAUACUUACCAGUUUGAAUGGGUUCAUUUGCAUGCAUUAUCUGAGUGCUGUUAAUGUACUAUAUGGAGGCUUCUCUUGCCAACUUUUUUGCUAAUGUAUCAAUAAAUAUUUUUCACUGAA